UAAAAUUAUUAGGUGAUCUUAAAUUUUUAGAUCGUUUAAAAAAUUAUCCAAUUGAUAAUAUUUCUAUAAAUAUUAUGAAAAAAAUUCGUGAUAAUUAUAUACCAAAUACAGAUUUUGAUCCAAAAAUUGUACGUAAUGCAAGUACAGCAUGUGAAGGUUUAUGUAAAUGGAUUAUUGCAUUAGAUAAAUAUGACAAAGUAGCUAAAAUUGUUGCACCAAAAAAAGAAAAAUUAGCUAUUGCUGAAUCUGAAUUAAAAGUGCAACUAGCUAAAUUAGCUGAAAAGAAAGCUGCAUUAGAUGAAAUUCAAGCGAAAUUUCAAGACUUACAAGAUCAAUUAGAAGAAAUGCAAAAAAAGAAACAAGAUUUAGAAGAUAAUAUUGAUUUGUGUAGUAAAAAGUUGGAUCGCGCAGAAAAACUGAUCAGUGGAUUAGGCGGUGAGAAAACACGAUGGACUGAAGCUGCUGCAGUGUUAAAAGAACGAUAUGAAAAUAUAAUUGGAGAUGUUCUAUUAAGUGCUGGUGUUGUUGCUUAUCUUGGACCAUAUACUGUUGAUUUUCGUUCUCAAAUACAAAAUGAAUGGCAUGAAUUAUGUCAAAAAUUAGAAAUUCCUUGUUCUGAAGUAUUUCGUAUCUCUGAUACAUUAGGUGAUCCUGUAAAAAUUCGUUCAUGGAAUAUUGCUGGACUACCAGUGGAUAAUUUUUCCACUGAUAACGGUAUAAUUGUCACAAAUUCUAAUAGAUGGGCAUUAUGCAUAGAUCCACAAGGUCAAGCUAAUAAAUGGAUUAAAAAUAUGGAAAAAGAUAAUAAAUUACAAAUUAUUAAAUUAAGUGAUACACAUUAUUUACGUACAUUAGAAAAUGCUAUACAAUUUGGUAUGCCUGUAUUAAUGGAAAAUAUCGGUGAAGAAUUAGAUCCAAUAUUAGAACCUAUUUUACAACGUUUAUUAUUUAAAUCUCAAGGAAGUUGGUGUAUACGUCUUGGUGAUAAUAUAAUUGAAUAUAAUUCAAAUUUUCGUUUUUAUAUAACUACACGUUUACGUAAUCCACAUUAUUUACCUGAAAUUGCUGUUAAAGUUUGUUUAAUUAAUUUUAUGAUAACACCAAUUGGUUUACAAGAUCAAUUAUUAGGUAUUGUUACAGCUAAAGAAAAACCAAAAUUAGAAAUAAUUAAAAAUCAAUUAAUUAUUGAAUCAGCUAAUAAUAAACGUCAAUUAAAAGAAUUAGAAGAUCAAAUAUUAGAAGUAUUAAAUACAUCACAAGGGAAUAUUUUAGAAAAUGAAACUGCUAUUAAUAUAUUAAGUUCAUCAAAACAAUUAAGUAAAGAAAUAAUUAAAAAACAAACUAUAUCAGAGAAUACACAAUUAGAAAUUGAUUCAACACGUAAUGGUUAUCGUCCUGUAUCUGAACAUGGUUCAUUAUUAUUUUUUUGUAUAUCGGAUCUUUCAAAUAUUGAUCCUAUGUAUCAAUAUUCAUUAACAUGGUUUAUUAAUUUAUUCUUAUCAUCUAUUUCUAAUAGUGAAAAAUCACCUAUUUUGGAAGAACGAAUUGAAUUAUUGAAUAAUCAUUUUACAACUAGUGUUUAUCGAAAUAUAUGUCGAUCAUUAUUUGAAAAUCAUAAAUUAUUGUUUUCCUUAAUCAUGUGUUAUUCACUUAUGAAAAAUAAAGGGAAAGUAAAUGAAACAGUUUGGCGUUUUCUACUAACCGGUGGUGUUGCACUUGACAAUCCUUAUCCAAAUCCAUGUCCUGAUUGGUUAUCAGAUAAAUGUUGGUCAGAAAUUGUACGUACUACAGAAUUACCAGGAUUAGAAGGAUUUAUGGAUAGUGUACAAUCUGCUUCAAAUGAAUGGAAAGCUAUGUAUGAUGAUUUAACACCUCAUAGAUUUCCUAUUCCUGGAGAAUUUUCAAAAUUAGAUGGUCUUGAAAAAUUGGUUGUACUACGAUGUAUACGUCCAGAUAAAGUGAUUCCUGGAGUUCAAGAUUUUAUAGUACAAAAUCUUGGUCAACAAUUUAUUGAACCACCAACAUUUGAUUUACCCGGUUCAUUCGCUGAUUCCAAUUGUUGCUCACCAUUAAUAUUUAUAUUAUCACCUGGAGCUGAUCCAAUGAAUGCUUUAAUUAAAUUCGGUAUUGAUUUAGGAUAUACCAGUGAUCGUAUACAAACAAUAUCACUUGGUCAAGGUCAAGGACCAAUAGCAGCAAAUAUGAUUUAUCAAGCUAUUAAAAAUGGUACAUGGGUUGUAUUACAAAAUUGUCAUUUAGCUGUUAGUUGGAUGAAAUCAUUAGAGAAAAUAUGUGAAGAAACAAUUGUACCAAAUAAUGUAAAUGAUAAAUUUCGUUUAUGGUUAACUAGUUAUCCAUCACCUGAUUUUCCUGUUACAAUAUUAGAAAACGGUGUUAAAAUGACAAAUGAACCACCAAAAGGUUUACGAUCAAAUUUAUUACGUUCUUACUUAAAUGAUCCCAUAUCAGAUCCAAUAUUCUAUGAUGGUUGUACAAAAAAUCCUAUAUGGCAUAAGAUGUUAUUUGGAUUAUGCUUUUUCCAUGCACUGGUUCAAGAACGACGUAACUUUGGUCCACUUGGUUGGAAUGUUCCUUAUGAAUUUAAUGAAUCCGAUCUACGUAUAAGUGUACGACAAAUGAAGAUGUUUUUAGAUCAAUAUGAUGAAAUUCCAUAUGAAGCAUUAACUUAUCUUACUGGUGAAUGUAAUUAUGGUGGACGUGUAACUGAUGAUAAAGAUAGACGAUUACUUAUUUCAUUAUUGGGUAUAUUUUAUAAUAAAAGAAUUAUUGAAGAAGAAAAUUACAAAUUUUCAUCAUCUGGUAUAUAUUAUUGUCCUGAUGAUGGUACAGCCCAACAUUUUAUUGAUUAUAUACGUUCGUUACCAUUAAAUCCAAUGCCAGAAGUUUAUGGUCUUCAUGAUAAUGCCGAUAUCACUAAAGAUAAUCAAGAAACUUUCCAAUUAUUUUCUGGAAUUUUAUUAACAUUACCAAGGCAAAAAGACACAGCUGGUAAAUCACCAGAAUCAAUUGUACAAGAUUUAGCUGCAGAUAUUUUAUCGAAACUUCCACCAGAUUUUGAUUUAAAAGAAGUAAUUAAUCAUUAUCCUGUCAAGUAUGAAGAAUCGAUGAAUACCGUACUUAGACAAGAAUUGAUACGAUUUAAUCGCUUAACUAGCGUUAUACGUGCGACAUUAAUAGACUUACAAAAAGCCAUCAAAGGAUUAGUUGUUAUGUCAGCUGAUUUGGAAGAUGUAUUUAAUUCAAUAUUAAUCGGAAAAUUACCAAGUGUUUGGGCAGCGAAAUCAUUUCCAUCACUUAAACCUUUAGGAAGUUAUAUACAAGAUUUACUAUAUAGAUUGAAAUUUUUUGCUGAUUGGUUAACAUAUGAUACACCACCAGUAUAUUGGAUAUCAGGUUUUUAUUUUACACAAUCAUUUUUAACUGGAAUAUUACAAAAUUAUGCAAGAAAAUAUACAAUACCAAUAGAUACAAUUAGUUUUACAUUUUAUAUAACAACAAAUUAUUUAAAUAUAAUUAAUUUAUUAGAGAAUAUAUCAAUUAUACCAAAAUAUCCAAAACAAUCAUUAAUUGAAAAUAAACGUACAUCAUUAAUUAUAAAUAAUUUAGUUAAAUUAGAAAGAUCAAAUGAACAAUUUGGUAAUUUUAUUAAACCAAAUGAUGGUGCUUAUAUAACAGGAUUAUAUUUAGAAGGUGCACGUUGGGAUAUAAUUAAUAAUUGUUUAAGUGAAUCAAAAUCAAAAAUAUUAUUUGAUAUAAUGCCAGUUAUCUGGCUUAUUCCAAAAAAGUUAAGUGAAAUCAAUCGUGAAUCAACUUAUACUUGCCCAGUCUACAAAACAUCUGCUCGACGUGGUGUUCUAUCAACUACAGGACAUUCAACAAAUUUUGUAUUAUAUAUUGAUUUGAAAACAAAUCAACCACAAGAGCAUUGGAUUAAUCGUGGUGUAGCUGCUUUAUGUCAAUUAGAUGAUUAGAAAGUGACAUCAGAGAGAGAGAAUAUGUUUAAAUGAAUAACAAGUAGUAAUUGUAUAAGAACGUAAACAGUGAUAAAUAUUAGAAGUUAUAGGAGGAAAUUCACUUCAUACAGUCUGUUCUUACAUUAAAGUUGAAGGAAGAAUUCAGUAACGUAAAAUGGCCUGAAACAUAAUUUACAUAAACUUCUUUUAUGAUUACUAUUCCAAGAUUGUGUGCUUUCGAAGAAAUAGUAUUUUUCCAAAUGACACUACUUAUUAUUAGUUAGUAGUGUAUUAUCAUUCAAUAAAUAUGUGCAUAUGUUACAUGAAUCUUUAUUUGAAAUAUAAUCAACCGAUUUAAAUAAAAAAAUAUUCUCACUAAUAAAUUCGCCCCAGAUCCCAUAGUAGUAGGACAAACUAUUUACUACAUUUAUGGAGACAGUAAGCUUUCUACAAAAAGUAAUCGGAUUUUUAUGUUAUUAGCAAAAUCGCUAUUUUUUAAAUGAUCCAC